AUGAGUAGCCUUUUUUCUAAAUUUGUAUCAUUUGUAAUGGAUGACAAACCUCAACCAUAAAAUUCAGUUCUGAAUGCUUUUAUAAAUAAACCAUAAAAAGAAUAGAGUGAAAGUGAGAAUUCUGAUGAAGAUUCUAGUAAUUCAGAACAUGAGGAAAAGAAUUCAUAAGAAGAAGAUGAAGAAGAAGAAGAAAAUGAAAAUGAGGAAGAAGAUGGAAAUUCUGAAGAAAGUUAAGAAGAAGAAAUCUCCAGAAAUGAUUGUAAUAGUAAAUCAGAAGAGAGUUCCCAUGAAUGUAAUUAAUGUUUAGAGGAAGAAGAAGAAGAAGUAGAUAAUGAAUUAGAAUUAGAAUUAUGGUAUUGGAAUAAAAUAUAAUAAGAUAACUAAUAAAAAGAAAUUUAAAAAUAAUUAUUAGAUGUAUUGUUAUAUUUAUUAUCUAGAUUACUUUAAAUUCAUUAUUGCAUUCUGAAACUUUAAUAUAAUUACAUCAUUAAUAAAAGUACAAUGAUGUUAUUGAGUCUAUAAAUGAUCCUUAAUUUCAAUUAGAUUACAUCAAUUUUAUUUGGCAGGAUAUAUCUGAAUCUUAAAUCUUAGUCAAGCAUAUAGAAUUAUUGUGUAAACAUAAACCAGAAUAGGUACCUAAUUUUUUGAGAUCUGGUAAAUAUCCAAUCUUUGACUCUAUAUACUUAACAAAAGCAUAUAAUAUUUAUGAGGGAACUGCUAUUUUGUUAGAAAAAAUGAACAAGGUUGAUGAAAGCAUUUAAAUUUAUUUAGAAUUUAUGGAUGACUUACUGAAAAGAUAUUUAAGAGAAAUUAUUAGACUACCUGUACAAAUAUCAAAGAAGAAGAAAUCAUAUUUAGUAAUUACUACUCUUAGUCAAUUAAUAUCUACUUUACAAUAACUAUUAAAUAAUAUGAAAAUACUUCUAGAUAAUAAUAAAUUACAUAAUAAUAUAGAUAUUUUAUAUUUUUAAGUAUUUAAUCAAAUUAUUGAUUGGUAAUAAAUGUUGUAUUAAGCUUAUAAAUUAGACAAUACUAAAAUUGAAAUAUUAACAAUUAUUAAUCAUUUUAGAACAAAUACUCCAGAUAUUCUUAUUAAAUUAUUAUAUUCUACAGAUGUUGAAUUAUUUAUUGAUGAAUUAAUUAAUAAUUACUCUAAAUUAAAUUUAGGAUUUCAAUUUUAUUGUUUCAGAGCUGUUUUCUUGGAUUUCAAUUGUUAUUAGCAUAUUUUAAGAUUAGGCAAUCUAGAAAUUAAUAAAACAAAUAGCCUUAUUAAAGAUAUACUCCAUAAAAAUAGAAAUUAAGGAAAAAGAGUAGAAAUAAUAUGUUAAUAAUGCUAAUUAUUAGGACGUACAAUUAUUGAUUAGAUUGGAGGUUAUAAAAACAGUUAUUUAUAGAGAUUGAAAAUGUAGUGACAUUUAAUUGUGGCCAUUCAUAUCAUAUAUCUUGUUUAAAGAACUGGAUUUGUUAAGCAUGUUAAUAAAAAAUCAGUGAACUCUUAGUAUAGGUUCAACACAUUAUGGCUACAAAGAUGAACCAACUGAAAAACCAAUAAUAGUUGAAUUUAAAUUAAAGAAACCAGAAACAAGAAGAAAAAUUAAUCAAUCAAAAAUCAAUAAUUACUAUUAAUGAAACUAAUUAAAAGAAAAUAAUAAUAACAAGAUUACAAACAUAUGAAUUGAGAAAAUUAAAUGAAAAAUUAAAAUUUAUUUGA